AUGACUCGGAUAAUUUGUAAUAACACCAACAACUCAUGUUCGGGUUCGCCACUAGCAGCUGCAUCAUGUGCUUGUUCACGCGCGAAGAAUUUAUCUGUGUACUUUAACCUUCAGUACUCCAACUUUAAACAAGGCUCAAUCGUCACGAAAAUGUACUAUCAUCUUGGAAAUAUUGUUUGCAUAUCACGAACUCGGCGUAUUGAAAGACAUACGCGUCAGGUCUUGCGUGAAUAUAUAAAUACGCCAACUAUUUACAAUCAACAUAUUCAAAUAUCCAAACUAGAAAAAUUUCUGGAAAACAAUUCAACAUGUUGA